GAGUGAAUGGUCCUCCGGAAGGGGAGGCGGCGCGGGCUGGCUCCCUCGAGUCUGCUUUUUAGGCUGUCCCGGGCUGCAAGCUUCAGGCUGUCCCGGCGGUGCCAUGUCGUUCUGCAGCUUCUUCGGGAACGAGGCUUUCCAGAACCACUUUGAGCCAGGCAUCUAUGUGUGUGCCAAGUGUGGCUAUGAGCUCUUCUCCAGCCAUGCGAAGUACGCACACUCAUCCCCAUGGCCAGCAUUCACUGAGACCAUCCACGCUGACAGUGUGGCCAAGCGUGCGGAGCACAAUCGACCUCAGGCCUUGAAGGUGUCCUGUGGCAGAUGUGGCAAUGGUCUGGGCCAUGAAUUCCUGAACGAUGGCCCCAAGCCUGGGCAAUCCCGAUUCUGAAUAUUUAGCAGCUCGCUGAAGUUCAUCCCUAAAGGCAAAGAAAGUGCUGCCUCCGAGGGGCACUAGGCGAGCUGCCACACCUACCCAGAUGUAUGUGCGCCAUGGGCACACUCUGGCAUCCCACCUUGGCAUUGGAAUCCUGGAAAUUCAACAGGGAGGUAGUGGCAGUGACUGAGACACCAGGAAGGCAGCCACGGCCUGAGUUCUGGGCUGGACAGCCUUGGGCAAAGCACUUGUCUGCAAUAGUCCAGUCUUCUGCCAGAAUGGGCCUUGGGGGUCGGGGCUGAGCUGCUGGCUGUCUUGGCCUCCAGCUCACAGUCUCUGGGCUUAUCUUGUCUUUGAAUGUCAUUGUACCCCCCACCUUCUCUUCUUCUUGACCUUCUGCCCAUUCCCUGGCUGUCUGGACCCAUGUCUGUGGAGCCCUGGUCCUCACAUAAGCUGUGCCCCUCUUCCCCAAGCUGUACUGGGAGGAAGAAUGCAAACAAGGGCUGCCCUGGCCUGCAGCUCCAGCCCUGGUGACUCUAUGAUCUGCUCUGGUAAAAGCCUUCUAAGCCAUCCAGGGUGGUGAUGAUUUGUGACCCACUAGGAGCGCAGGCUGAUGUGACAGACUCUUGACUCUUCAUCUCCUGAUGAGAUGCCUGGACCCUGUUUCCCAAUCUGUGGUAGAGCUUGCUUCACUGGUUCUUGGGAAAGGGGCUGCUGUUGCACUGCUUCACCAGUGUAGCUGGGGCCCUGGGGUCAGUCCUUCCAGUUCAGACCCAAAUGCGGUCACCUUACUGUAUGAGUUCAAAAGCUCUUGCCAUCUAAGAGGGCAGAUGAUUCUUAAGCCCACCUCCUUAUCUUCCUGGAGUAAUCAGGAAGAAAUCAAUAAAUAAAUGACACCUGCCCUGC